CACUCCACUGCCACACUCUAUUCUUCUUCUUCACUACAAAAAGCUUUACUCCUCCUGUUUCCCACUUUCUUUCAUUUUAUCAUCUUCUUGUUGGAUUCUUUUUUUUGCACAAAUUUUGUUUUUCUUUUUCAUUGUGAGCUAUGGCAAAGGAUAUGGGGGUGGCAGAGCAUGGUUCUUUUACGACCAAGGACUACCAUGAUCCACCACCAGCACCGCUGAUUGACCUUGAAGAGCUGACCAAAUGGUCCUUCUUCAGAGCUAUCAUUGCUGAAUUCAUAGCUACCCUUCUCUUCCUUUACAUCACUGUUCUCACCGUCAUUGGCUACAAAAGCCAGAUUGACGUUGCCCACCAAGGUGACCAGUGCGGCGGGGUGGGAAUUCUUGGAAUUGCAUGGGCCUUUGGUGGCAUGAUCUUUGUUCUUGUCUACUGCACCGCUGGCAUUUCUGGUGGUCACAUUAAUCCUGCAGUGACAUUCGGGCUGUUUCUGGCACGUAAGGUGUCGUUGACCCGAGCACUGGCGUACAUGGUGGCUCAGUGUGUAGGUGCCAUUUGCGGGGUGGGGCUUGUGAAGGCCUUCCAGAGGUCCUACUAUGUCACAUACGGCGGAGGAGCCAACCAGCUUCAGGAUGGCUACAGCACCGGCACAGGUUUGGCUGCGGAGAUCAUCGGAACGUUCGUUCUUGUCUACACUGUUUUCUCUGCCACUGAUCCCAAGAGGAGUGCUAGAGACUCCCAUGUCCCUAUUUUAGCACCACUUCCGAUCGGAUUUGCGGUGUUUAUGGUGCAUUUGGCCACCAUUCCAGUCACCGGCACAGGCAUUAACCCUGCCAGAAGUCUUGGAGCUGCUGUUAUCUACAACAAGGACAAAGCUUGGGAUGACCAAUGGAUUUUCUGGGUAGGACCCUUCAUUGGUGCAGCAAUUGCAGCUUUCUACCACCAAUUCAUCUUGAGAGCAGGAGCAGUUAAAGCGCUUGGUUCAUUCAGGAGCAGCAGUUCCCACGUCUGAUCAGAUCAAGUCAAAUGUCCUCCUCUUUUACACCUGCUCUUCCAUCACCAAGAACCACCAUGGCCAGGAAUAAGAAAAGCCAUGGCUAGUGUAAUGUUACUAGUCUUUUAUGUAUUAGGAGGUUUUUUUUUUUUGAGCAGUGGAAGAAAGCCAUGGAAGAAGUGUAUAGACAAAGCAAAAAAGUUCGGCGUUGAAACUCGAAAGGAGAAAGCAUUUUGUAAUCUCUUCCUUUCUUGCUCUUGUUGUUAUUGUUGUCCUCCUCCAGCUAUUUAUUUGGGUAUGGAAUUUGUACUGGUCCUCCAUUUAUGUGCAAUGAAUCUUUUUACCUGGAAAUGAUGUCAGAUAUGCACUGGGCUUCUAUCAAAA